UUUCUUUAGUAUUCGCUGAGAGCACUCGCACUUGCAGUAGUAGCAGCAGCAGCAGCUUCCGAGGUUUUCGGCGCUUCACACUCCGAGCUCUUAGCCACUGGGUGGAAGAUUUGCACCCCUGGCUUUAAAAAAAAAAAACUAAAAUCUUCAAGGAAAGCCUUUUUUCUGUUGCCUUGUUGGUUAACCUUGCCAGCCCAGCUGGCUUGUGAACAGGCAUGGACGACUAGAAGAGUUGUAAGAGUCAGCAACAACACACCAAAAAAAAAAAAGACUUUGAACCGUCUCCGUUUGUUCUAAGGGACUGAGUUGCUGUAGUCAGUGUGUUUUUAUUUAUUUAUCAGGAGUCCAGAUCAUAGACCACGGUGUAGGAACUGCAAAAUAUCAGCUUAUCAGUGGCAGUCGCGUGGCCUCUUUGUGUCCGGCAGCUGCUCUUCAAUGUAUGGACAAAUACUGAGACUCAGCGCUGUGCAGUUAACACACAGACCCAGAGAACACAGGAAAUACAUGUAUCUUUUCUAAACAAGAGAUUUAAACCACUUUGUACACAGUCCCCUGGGUUACAUCUGUGCAUUAUUCAUCCUCAAUUGAGUUCACACUUAAGUGGAUGUCAGAAAAAGACCCCAUAAUAAUCAAAGUGCUUCAUUACUGAAGGUUGUUGUGUUUUAUUUUUCUUCAAAAAUGGAUGUACGUUUUUAUCCAGCGACCAACUCUAUUCCUGGGGAUUCUGCCAACCUGGAUCUUUCCCAAUGCCUGGGCUACUAUACCUACAACAAGUUUGCUGGGAACAAUAACUACAUGAAUAUGGCAGAUCCAAGCCAUGUUUUCUUGACCAGCAAUGAGACAUUCCACACGCCAAGCCUUGGAGACGAAGAGUUUGAGAUUCCCCCCAUAACCCCACCGCCCGAAACGGAGCCCACCCUGGGACUGACCGACAUGGUGUCUGCCUUCCAAGGCCUCAAUGAUCCUUUGCCAUCUCAGGAGAAUGAGUUCACGCCCCAUUUCCCCCCGCCGAGCUUGGAUCUGCCUUCCAUCACCAUAUCCAGAAGCAUCAUGGACCAAGAUGGUGGGAUGCUCAGCAACGGUUUGGCUGUGGACUUGGGCCGGGCGCAAGUUGCCCAAUACCACCAUGAUGCCAACAUGGCAAUACGGGCAGUUGUCCACAUGGCUGAUGUCAACCAAGCCGGAUUAAUGCAACACAGUCAGCUCACCACCAUUAACCAGUCUCAGCUGAGCGCCCAGUUGGGGUUGAAUAUAGGAGGGGGCAAGAUGCCGCAGAAUUCCCCCUCGCCCCCCGCCAGCAAGUCGGCCACCCCGUCUCCGUCCAGCUCCGUAAACGAGGAUGAUGCGGAGGAAUUCAACAGGGUCAGCGUGGAGAAACGAGCCGCCGUGGAUACGGGGAAGAAACCCAAGACGCCAAAGAAGAAGAAGAAGAAAGAUCCAAACGAGCCGCAGAAGCCGGUGUCUGCUUACGCCCUGUUCUUCAGGGACACCCAAGCUGCCAUCAAGGGGCAAAACCCCAACGCAACCUUCGGAGAAGUUUCCAAAAUCGUGGCGUCCAUGUGGGACAGCCUGGGCGAGGAACAAAAACAGGUGUACAAGAGAAAAACAGAAGCUGCCAAAAAGGAAUAUCUGAAAGCGCUUGCAUCAUAUCGAGCAAGUCUUGUCUCAAAGGCUGCUGCAGAAUCUGCAGAAGCGCAGACGAUGCGAUCAGUGCAGCAGACGUUGGCAUCGACGAGUCUUUCAACGUCCCUCCUGAUGAACCCAUCCCUAUCCCCGCACGCCCCUGUCUCCGUGUCCGCACAGUCCCUACAGCAGACCCUGCCAAGGGCAAUUGCUCCGAAACCCAUGAGAUUGCCCUUGCAAGGCAACCAGCUGGGAUCAGUUUCCAUCGCACCAAACAUGUCGGGCAACAUUGCUGCCCCCAUGGGCACUGCGAUGGUGCCCACUUCACCUUCGCCCCAGUUGAGCCCUCCCCUGCAGUCCCAACAGCACCAGAUGCAACAGCAGAUGCAACAGCACCAAUUGCAACACUUCCAGCAACAGCACAUGCAGCAGCAGCAACUGCACCAGCAAAUGCAGCAGCAGCAUCAAAUGCAGCAGCAUCAGCAGCAGCAGAUGCAGCAGCAGCAGCAGCAGCAGCAGAUGCACCACCAGAUGCAGCAACGCAUGCAGCAGCACAUGCAGCAGCACAUGCAGCAGCAGCAGAUCCAGCAGCAGUUGCAGCAGAUGCAGCUGCAGCAGCACAUGCAGAAACAGCAGAUCCAGCAGCUGCAACAGCAGCACCCCCCCCAGCACUCCCCACCACAACACUCCCCCGCCACUUCCCAGCCAGCCGUCACCCCACAAAUCACUUCCUCUCUUCCCACGCGGUCAAGUCCGCAGCCUGUCCAACAGCAGCAGCAGCAGCAGCAGCCUCCUCUCCAAACCCAGGCCCAGACCCAAGCACUGCCACAGACCUUUUCACCACCUCCGCCUGAAGUGCCGCCUACCGUCCGCCCUCCCCCAUCUUCUCCCGCGGGCGCUUGCACUCCAGUUCGGUGCUCGAGGAGUGGCUGCACAAAUCCACCGAUACAGAGCUCGGAGUGGGAUAAUGAAUACUGUUGCAGCGAAUGUGCAGUUAAACACUGCAGGGAUAUCUUCAUGGAGUGGGUUGCCUCUCGUAAUCAGGCCAGUACUGCUUCGGUGAAGUGAAGGCUUACCAGCGACUCUUUUUUUCCCCGUUUUUUUUUCCGGAGCCAAAACUGUGCAUUUAUAUCGGACGGGCAGCCAAGAGGAUGAUCUGAAAGGCGGCCUGACAUGCUUUGUUUCCUUGCAGCCACAUGGGCACAGACUUCAGAGGGCUUUCCUGUGACAGGCUGUACAGCAUUUCUGUGGGCCCACCUGCCAGCCCUGCCUGUGCCUCGAGAGCUGCCCAUUUUACAUUGUUUAAUGUAGCUUUUGGAUGAUUAUUUUGUUUGACAUGAACUUAAAGGGCAUGGCUUCUAGUCAAAGACUUGCCUCUGCGUGAUUGCUGAAGACUGUGAAAAGACUCGGAGGGAAGAAAAGUUCCUUUGUGACAGUCAUGUCAUUGUGGCCAGUGAAAGCUGAAAGUCCUGAGUGCAGCCUAAUACUUAAGUGGAAUGCUAACUACUUUUUAUUUUAACAAUUGUGCUAUCACUUUCUAAUGGCUUGAAGGGGAAAUUAUAUUUUUUCUUUCUCCCUGUUCAGACAUUCUUUCCAUUUUCCCCAUUGUACGCAAUGAUCAAGUUUAAGGACAUUGGUUUCUUACAGAUGUAAUUAUUUUCUAAGUUCUUAAGAAACCAGGUUCACCGUGUAAGCAAGCGAUCAUGUGUUACCCAUGUGAAAUCUCAUUUUUUUCCCCCCAUUAUAACUUCUAUUUCUGCGACCAAAAAGCAUUAUUUUAAUAUGUACUGUAUUGUAGGAAUUGCCUUUUUAUUUUGUACAGCAAUUUCUUAGCGUAGUCUGUUUGAUUGAAGUCGGACUCCUCGAAAGGAGAGCUCUCGUGCAUAAAGCCAAAUGCUUUAAAAAAGCUCCUUUUUAAUGCAGAUGUCGUUAGGAAUGACUAGUGCAGAAGGCCCAGCAACCAAAAUCGAUAAUGUUUCAUAUUUUUACUUUGUUUGUAUUUAAACUUUUUGUAUUAAAAUGUGUUGUUAUUUAAGGUUUAAUUAUUGAGAGACGAUAGCUGAUGUAUUAAUGAUCAACCUUGCAGUGAAACAUGUGUUCCUUCAUUCAGAAACAGAAGUUUUCUUUCUCUAUUGUAACUGGUCUUUUAAUUUCAUUAUUUUGGCUGUAAUAAAAAGAGACAUGAAAUGAC